AUUUUCUUUUUUAAAAGUGAUAGUCUAAGAAACUUGUUUAAUUUUUAGCCUAAAUGUCAAAUAUAGAAAACACAAAUGAUCUAUUGUAAAAGUACCUGUUAUCUACAACCAUUUAAUCACUUCUUCAUAAACCUGAAUAACUUAAGGACCUAUGUUCCUUAGCCCAACUAAGGAAAACUCCAUGUUCAAUCCAGGUCUAUGACUAAAGAAAAUGAACCAUGUGCCCUCUUGGUUUACCAUUUCCUCUUGUCUAUUUUAAAUGUCAAUUAUUUAAAGUAUGAGUAUUAAAAGGGGUUACUUGGGCAUUUUCUCACUGGGAAUAUUGAAUACUAGGAGCUGUGGCUGCCUUUCUGUGGGAACAGAAACCUGACGCCCUUUUGUGCGCUGUGUAACUGAACGCUUAGUGUUAAUGCUCGUUGCCAGAACAGCAGCGGCUUCUGCUUGGAGGCUGUGAGCUGUGACAAUCAGCCUCCAGUAGCUGUAUUUGUGUGUCCUCCCACAGAAAGAAGGAAGAAAAUGGCGUGUGCUGAGUAUCCUUUUCAUGUGCCAAGUCUGGAGGAACUUGUUGGAGUUCUGCAGAAGGGGCUAAAGGAUAACUUUGCUGAUGUCCAGGUCUCUGUAGUUGAUUGCCCUGAUUUGACUAAGGAGCCAUUUACCUUUCCUGUAAAAGGCAUCUGUGGGAAAACUAGAAUUGCAGAAGUAGGAGGUGUGCCUUACUUAUUGCCUCUUGUAAACAAAAAAAAAGUUUAUGAUCUAAAUAAGAUUGCAAAAGAAAUCAAGCUUCCUGGAGCUUUUAUUCUUGGAGCGGGGGCAGGCCCAUUUCAGACUCUUGGGUUCAAUUCUGAGUUUAUGCCAGUUAUUCAAACAGAAAGUGAACACAAACCUCCUGUGAAUGGAAGUUACUUUGCCUACAUUAACCCUGAAGAUGGAGGGUGCCUACUAGAGAAAUACAGUGAGAAGUAUCAUGAUUUUGGUUGUGCAUUACUGGCUAAUCUUUUUGCCAGUGAGGGCCAACCUGGAAAGGUCAUUGAAGUGAAAGCCAAAAGAAGGACUGGAAAACUUAACUUUGUGACUUGUAUGAGACAGACUCUGGAAAAACAUUAUGGAGAUAAGCCUGUAGGGAUAGGAGGUACUUUCGUAAUUCAGAAAGGAAAAGUGAAGACUCACAUUAUGCCUAGAGAAUUUUCUUCCUGCCCACUGAACUCUGAUGAAGAGGUGAAUAAGUGGUUGCAUUUUUAUGAGAUGAAGGCUCCUUUGAUUUGUCUGCCAGUUUUUGUCUCCAAAGACCCAGGGUUCGAUUUGCGAUUGGAGCACACUCACUGCUUUAGUCGUCACGGAGAAGGUGGACACUACCAUUACGACACUACCCCAGACGCAGUGGAGUAUCUCGGCUACUUCUUACCUGCAGAGCUUCUCUAUCGCAUUGAUCAACCAAAAGAGACCCAUACAUUCGGGCGAGAUUAACUGCUACUCAUCUAGAAAAAGAAAUGAUUAAUUUAGUUAAUUAACCCAUUGAUACAAAUAUAGAAUCCAACAGAAAUGAUCUCAUUACCUAAACUCUAUAUUUUUGGCCUUUGAAAUGAAAGGUAUGUUAACAUUAUGCCCUGUUAUUUCAUAGAUCUAUCUGAAAGUAACGGAGGUGCUCUUCAUUAUUUUAUUCCAAAAAUCAGUCUGAAAUAUAAACAUGACCUGAAGUCAUGUGAUUGGUUAUUUUUACAUACCUUACAAGUGUAAUAUUACAAAUAGUAAUUACUUACAUUUGUUUUAAUUAUUAAAAUUUUGUAAUUAGUCUCAAAACUGCUAAUUGGAUAUUAGAAAAAUCAGUGUUGGAAAUUUUGAUAGUUGUUGAAUCUUUAUAUUGAAUUUUAAAAACCCAUUUUAGAAGUCAGAGUACACUUUUCUCAUGGAAUAAAGUGGUCAGAGGGAGGAACUUGACCCUUUUUGGUGAAGUUCAACCAUACUCAGAAUUUGCAAUUUGCCUUUCACAAACAUUAGCAGCCAGGUGGUUAGCCAUGAUUCCUCCUCUGUUUGGACUGCCAGCUGGAAGCAGUUUGUUCCUUGUUGCUUAUUUGCAAGAAGAGAAGGGAAAACAAACAGCCUCAAAAUACAACAUUGAAGUGAGUGUAUUUUCAUUUGUAAGUGAGGCUAUUGCUAAACAUGACCACUGUCCUUUGUUAAAUAUAAAAUUAUAAUCUUACUGAUUAUAAUGGUUGGAAUUUUAAUCAUUAGCCAGAAAUUAACUCUCUCAUCUUACUAAUGCCAACAAUGUGCAGAUUUAGGAGCUCUUCGGUACUAAGCACAUAAUAAAUCUUCAAAAAAUAUUUUGAUUGUCUUCUUUGGAUGUUAGCUGUAAGAUGUCCUUUGAGUAUAAAUUACUAAAUACUAUUUUUAAAUAAGCACUAGUUUGUAGCAAAAAAUGAAUAAAAAUUAUAUAUUCAUAA